CGCAUCGCUCAGUGUUUUGGAGAAGAACGGAAGAUGGCGACGUCAAACAAUCCGCGCAAAUUCAGCGAGAAAAUCGCCCUGCACAACCAGAAGCAGGCGGAGGAGACCGCGGCGUUUGAGGAGGUCAUGAAGGACCUGAGCAUCACUCGGGCUGCACGGCUGCAGUUGCAGAAGACGCAGUAUUUGCAACUAGGCCAGAAUCGAGCUCAAUGCUAUGGAGGGUCACUGCCCAAUGUCAAUCAGAUUGGAAAUAGCAACACUGACCUCCCUUUUCAGACAACAGUUUUGGACACCAGUCGGACAACACGACAUCACGGCCUGGUGGACCGCGUGUAUCGCGACAGAAAUCGCAUCGCUUCUCCGCAUCGCAGACCUCUCUCUGUGGACAAGCACGGACGUCAGAUUGACAGCUGUCCAUACAGCUCGGUGUAUCUGUCACCACCCCCCGACACAAGCUGGAGGAGGACUAACUCUGACUCAGCUCUACACCAGAGUGCUGUGACUCCAUCUCCACAGGACACUUUUGUCUGUGGAUCUCAGGAACUGCAGUUAAAAGGAGUUCAAACAUUACUGUUGCUCACCCCUCCAGACACAGAGGACAUAGAAACAGAGAUGGAGAAAGAUGAACCAAAAGCAUCUCUUCACUCAGAGUCACAUGAUGUGCCAGGAAUUAACAUAUUUCCAUCUCCCGAUCAAGAAAUGAACACCUCUCUGAUGCCAGCGGCUAACAGCACGGGCGGCUCUUUACCUGAUCUGACAAACAUUCAGUUUCCACCUCCUCUUCCCACCCCGCUGGAUCCAGAUGAUCCCAUAACCUUCCCCACCUCCAGCCCCAGCAGUACCAGUAACCUGACAACCAACCUAACGCACCUUGGCAUCAGUGCUGCCAGUCACAUUCCUCCCACCCCUCCUGCCCAACACAGUUGCCCGUUGCCCAAUAUCAACACGCAGCAAGCCGCCCCCACCAUAUCACAUGUGGUUUCAUCUCAGAUACCUAUCGCACAGCCGAUCACGAUGGACUGCCUGACGCUGGAGCAGCAGUUAUCUCAAUACUCACUGCUGAGUUUACUGAAUGAUCUGCAGAAACAGCCACACACGCUCCCUCAGAACAUCCGUCUCAUUCGACUCCCGCCUCUCACUGUAAGCUCCACCCCCAACACCGUCCAAACCUCUCUACCCAGCCAAUCACAGACGGUCACCAGCGGAACUACCAACUCGUACCGCAAUUCAGCCAAUCAGUCACCAACAUCUCCAGUGUCCAAUCAGGGCUUCUCACCUGGAAGCUCACCACAACACAUUCCGGUGGUUGGCAGCAUCUUUGGAGACUCGUUCUAUGAACAGCAUCUUUCAUCCGGACAGACAACUGCCCUCUCUAACCAGUUGGAGCAGUUCAAUAUGAAUUUGUUGGAGAAUCCGGGCAGCUCCAGCCACUGCUCAACACUGAACUACACGCAGGCAGCCAUGAUGGGUUUAACUGGGAGCCACAGCAGUCAGCCGGACUCGCAGCAGCUGAGCUACAGUAACCAUGGCAACAUUCCCAACAUCAUUCUCACAGUGACGGGAGAAUCUCCGCCAAGUCUCUCCAAGGACCUCACCUGCACAUUGGCCAGCGUUGGUGAUGUCAGUUUUGAUGCAGACUCUCAGUUUCCACUGGACGAGUUGAAGAUCGACCCCCUGACGCUGGACGGACUUCAUAUGCUCAACGACCCAGACAUGGUUCUCGCCGACCCAGCCACCGAGGAUACGUUCCGCAUGGAUCGACUGUGAAUCUGUGAAUGCAAUUUUUAGCGAGACGUUCAGUUGCAUGGCCUCUCUGUUCACCAUCUGGUCAGUGGCCGUCCCCCCAACCACCCACGUAACAGCAUGCUGCCGAAACGCUUGUGACCGGAGGCUUGUGAUGGGGGUUCGGGGGGGUGAGUGGAGGUGGAAUUGCUGUAUCCACACUGGAUAGUUUCCAAUGCGCAAUACUGUCCACCAUCCACUCUCGUGUUUUGAUUUUGUUGUCGCCAACCUGUCGUUUUUUGAUUGUUUGUUGUUUUUCUGGUUUACUGUUCAUUAUUGUCUUGAUCCUGGAAGCACGUCUACCGUUGUUUUGUUUACUAUAACAAUUUCCAUUUUCGUAAAAUUUUUACGUGAAUUGCCAAAUUUAGUUUUACCGGAUACCUGUUCUUUUAACGUUUACAUUACUCUGUUCUUUAAUAACUGUGUAUGUAUUUGUGUUAAUUUAUUACACAUUUAUUUACGAUCUGUAUUUAUUAUAAUUAUUUUCAUCACAUGCAUUAUUUAUUCAUGUUUAUCUUACGUUAAGGAGCACUACUCCCCCUGUGGUUUAAGGAUUUAAGGGAGGUUGCUCAAUAUAAAGUGGAAGGCAAAACAUCUGCUUGAACAAAAUGGCUUCCAUAAAGCUUCAUUUUUGCUAGCAUUUUAUAACCUCCAAACAUCUCAAGAUGUGACGAUUUGUGUUUUGAUAUCGUUCGUGUUCUUCUUUCUUUCGAUAUUCGCCAGUGAUCCGUGACGUUUCCUUACAGAAGGACGGCAAGUUUUGCGGACACUUGGAGAUCCUGUUUGCAUACGUUACUGAAGAUUCGUUCGCUGUUUCCGCUGUAUCGUUCGCUUCACAGGUGGUCAGUAAAUGUGACUCAAGAGCUGCUGCAGUAACCUGCUAAACACUUCACUGUGAGAGGACCUGAUUUUGCCUUAUAUAAACAAAAUGCUGUUUUUAACAGUCAGUGUGUUUUUCUAACCGUCUCGGAAACAUUUUAUCUCUCGUGUCUGGUUCUAGUUCGGUUGCGGUAAACUUGUUUUGACUAUGCUGUUCAGUAUUAAAUCCUGUAUGGUUUGUAUAUGUACUGCCAAACAAGUCGAGGUUCUGUCGUGAAGAUGUCAAUCUUUUGGCUUGGGGAGAGUAAUGCUCCUUAUUCUCUGUGCUGUUUAUGGGAGUUUGUUUUUGUCAUUUUCAAGUGUACAUUCGAGCCCUGUUGCACGUUGAUCAAGUGAUGUUGUUUAUCCGAAAGGUGUUAAGGAAUCACUCAAAGAUGUAGUUAUGAUCUCUAUGUACAGUCCGGUGCAAACGUCUGAGACCACGUAAAAAAAUGAAUGACAUGAUAACUCUUUUGUGCAAAAGGUCAGAUUUCCUUGCUUCCAUUGAAGCACACGAGAUGCUCUUUGGAACGGUCUUAAGUCAUGCUGGGAUAACAUGAAUCAUCAGGUAUGGCACUAACUUAUGGAGUGCUAUUAUUAAAGCUAAAGCGGGACAUACCAAAUGUCCAUUUUUUAAAACCUGUCAUUCAAAUUUGUAUAAUGAUAUCAAUUUUAAUGGAAAAAAGUAUUGAAAUAGAAAUGAAUGUGAAGUGGUCAUGGAUUUUGGACUCGCCUUUAAAAAAAAAAAGAUAUAUAUACAUAUAUAUUGAAAAUGUAUGCCAUUCGAGGGGUAAUUUAGCCCUUUCUGCACUGAAUCAUGAUGUUUGUUGAUCAAAUAUGAGUCAUUUUAAUAAGGUUGUAGUUGGAUAGGGUUGGGAAAGUUAAUCUAGAUUGUUGAGCAGAAUAUCUCAAAAAAUAUGUAACAAUAGUUACUUGCAAACCUGCAAAUCCAAUAUGUGAUUCCUGCAAACUAAAGGCAUCAAUUAAACAACAAUCUGAGAGAUUUCUAGUUGAAUACGAUUCAUGAACACUCUUAAAAAAAAAGGUGCUGGAAAGGUUCUUCGCAGCGAUCCCAUAGAAGAACCAUUUCUGGUUCCACAAAGAACCAUUCAGUCAAAGGUUCUUUAAAGAACCAUCUCUUUCUUACUUUUUUAUAAUCUGAAGACAGGAAGGUUCUUCAGAUGUUAAAGGUUCUUUUUGAAACCAAAAGGCUCUUCUAUGGCAUCAGAGACGCUUUUGAAUCACCUCUUUUUAAGAGUGUACUUGGGGCCAAGACAUAGCAAAGAUUUUUAAAAUGUUGAAUAAAUGUCAAAAUUGGUUAUUUUUUUCAUCGAUUCAACAUUAAAUCAAGUAUUUUUCACAGAUUGUGGAUUCACUGUAGUUAGACGUAACAAAACAAACUGCAAUACUCACUUUAGUCCUAAUACUUCACAGCGUUUUUUCAGUUGUUUCACGUUUACUAUCAACGUGUUUCUCAAACAUACAUCCUGAAUAUAGUGUACAUAAAGCUUAUCACAGGAAUAUGACGACUGCAUGUCAAAAUAAGAAAAAACCUUUGGAACAAGCUUUUUGGUAUGAGGUCUUCAUUAGCUCGGCUGAUUCCAGUAAAGAUUCACUGCACAUAAAACAAUAUAGACCCUCCCAAGACAUGUUUAGAAACAGAAUGUAUCCAUGGGGCUCCGUGUUAUGAUGAAUGCAUUACACCAAAUGACCUGCUUGCUUGACCAAAGCACAACUGUUUUAUUUCUCUGAUCUGAUUCGUUGCAGUUUUCUGGUCACGGUAGCAUUUUUUUCCUGUUUUUCACGAUUGUAGCAUGUUUGAUAUCUUCAGUUGGUUCAUUUCCCCUGCCUCUUGCAUCUUGAGUUUCCGUUUGAAAUCCUGUCACAAAUCUCUGAGAUAUGGCAGCUUUCAUACUGACGUAUGUGCAUUUCGAAAGCGUUCAGGCCGCUGCUCCUCGCUCAUGAAACUCGGGACUGUUUUAUCUUCUGAGAAUGCCGACUGUUCAAUGCCAUACAUGCAUUUCCCCCAUUGUAUCGUGAAGGUCUCCUUUGUGAACUGUUCUCUGCAUUGCACUGAAAAUCCGGAGGGAAAACUUAUUUGGAAGUGUGUUCGUGACUUCCCAUUGCAAACUGAAAAAAGGGCUCCGUCCGUUUGUUGCUUUAACACGUUCAAAACAUUGGGAGAUGUGGACAAACCGCAUGUGUUUAUUGGUUGAAUCUGUUAUCGAUGCUUAGCAUCUUGCUAACACAUGCAGCAUGCAGCCAAACUGUUUUACUGGACCGAAUUUAGCUAACAGUACAGCACUUACAUGUAUGUUGGAAUUGUUCAUUAAUGUCCUGAAUUUUUAUGUGAAAGCAAACCCCUUUAGCGUAACUUUCCCUUUAAGCCUUAGAACUGCUGAGCAGUUAGUUACCAUGGUUACCAUGUUCUCAUCCCGUCACCAUUAAUACUAAUAAGGACGUAGUUGUCUAAAUGGGAUGUAUUUCUAAUGAUAGUGACCCAUAGGGCGUAGCUGAUAAAUAUAUCAACCCUUCCCCGUAAGUAACGUAUAGUGUAAGCAUAAACCAAGUGCCAUCGACAUAGAAUACAAAUGUUUUUAUUUUGUCGACCGCCAUUUCACUUAACGCAGGUUAAAUAAGAUGAUGUAAAAAUGAACAGCUCAUAGAUGACAGAAUGUGCAUAAAGUCUUUGUGAACUUUACGUUGCGAGCGCACACUUGCUCUGUAUUGGAAAUAAUGGUAUAUUAGGACAUAUCAUUUGUGGUUUUCUAGAGCUUUCAUUGGGUUGGUUCUAUAAAGAUGCCCCGUUUUGUAGUCGCUGUGCUGGUGUACUCAUCUCUUUCUGUGUCUCCUAUGUGUGGUACCGUAUUGUAGAAGGAGCUGAUUUCGUCCUUGUCGUUUUGCUGGUCCUUUUCCCUUCUCAGAAAAAUAUUCUAAUAUGGAUGUGCAUGAUGUCUCAGCUGCAUUUAUCAGAGCAUUCUUGUUAUAUCAUUUAUAUUUUGUAACCUGUAUUUCUGUACGUGUUUUUAAAAUACAUAUAUAUAUUUAAUAACGGUGUUUGUGACUUCAAUUUUGAUUCAAUGUUUCUUUCGGGUAACAGGUAACAACACUUCUUUAAACCAGAAGUUGAUCAAUUAACUUGUAUGAAUGGCCCAGUGUGUGAUUUUUUGAGAAUCUAUUGCCAGAAAUGCAAUAUAAUAUGCAUGCUCAGUUCAGCAGUGUAUUACGACAUCACAUAAUGAAGUGUAACGUUUUUAUGACCUUAGAAUGACCUAUUUCAAUUUACAUACACCGAGGGUCCCUUUACGUGGACUACGCGAUGUUGUUUCUACUGUAGCCCUAAACAGACAUAAUGCUCUACAGAACGCGUUUCGCAAACACAUUAUUUUCUUCGGUAAGGAAGUGAAAAUGUGACGACAUCUUAGUUCCGUGUCAGCCACCGUAGUGUUGCAGAAUGGAAGGCCGAGUGUUGGAUUGAGCCGUUGGUUGCAAUUUGUAACCUCAUUGCUAGAUGCCGCUAAAUUUCAUACACUGGAUCUUUAAUACUAUAUUUUGCUGGUUAGUUCUGAUAUGAUCAUUUAAAUUUGAUCAGAGAAGGUCUGGUCCAAUGAUCAUUUAGAAAAUGAAAAUACGGCAAACAGUACAUUACAGAAAAGACACGAAUUUCACAUGUUUUUCACAUGUGUGCAACAUGUGUUUUACAUGCACAAAAACACACUUGAAAUGUGUAUUUUUGGAACAAUUUUGUGUGAAUACCAUGUAAAUUCUCAUGUGAAACCCAUGUGUGUCUUUUCUGUGAGGGGUGAAAUGUUUCAAUGCUGUUAUAUUAAAGACUGUAUCAACCUUCUUGGCAUGAUGCUUUGGUCAGAUUACUGGACUGGAUCUGCUUUAAAAAUAUAUAUUAAGUAGUGUAAUGACACAC